AUGGACGUGGAGGAUCUGUUGAAUACCACAAUCGAUAAGGAGGGUUCGGCGAAGCCUUCCUUUUGCAAUAUGCUCUUGGACAAAAGUCUAAUUAACGGAUUCCAAGAAUCUGACGAGUUUGGCCCCAUUGAGAAGAAUGAUGGUCUGAUAAUGGUGGGGAGUAAGGAUUCCUGGCCGUCUUUUUUUACCUCGGAUAAAUUCCGUGCAAUUCUAGAGAUUAAAUGGACCAACUGCUUGAUCUUGAAACUCCUUGGGAAAUCAAUUGGCUUCCGAGCGUUGAAUGAACGGAUAAGGAAGAUGUGGAUGCCAAAAGCGGAAUACGAAUUAAUUUAUGUUGGAGAUGGCUACUUCUUAGCGAACUUCUCUUCUUUGGAAGAUCUUAGGUUUGCCCUGGAAGGAGGACUAUGGAUUAUUUAUGGCCACUACCUUACUGUCCGAAAGUGGUUUGCUGAGUUUCACCCGUCAUCUACCACUAUCGACUCCACUGCAGUGUGGGUUCGUUUUCCUGGUCUUCUAGUACAGUACUACAAUGACCGUAUACUUUUUGCUAUGAGAAAUACCUUCGGGCGAGCUUUGAAGGUUGAUCCGAAUACUAGCUACGCUUCUAAAGGCAGGUUUGCUCGUGUUUGUGUAGAAGUCGACUUUGGCAAAGCUCUCGUGCCAAAGAUUGAAGUUGUGGACGGUGGUACACAGUUGAAUAUGAAGGUUUGUCACUAA